UACGUUAAAUGCACAUCAGGGGGCGGUAGUGAGUAUGUUGUUACGUUGUGUUUGCUUUAUUGAUAAACGAAGAAGAAACAUCAGCAGGAUGUUGCUAUUCUUCCAAGUAUUCCAGAUUUUUGUCGUGUAGUUUAGUGUUUCUUGUAAUAUAAACAAAGAAGAUGGCAUUUGCUUUUCCGGUGUGGCUGGCGGUGCAGGAGGCUCUCCUGGAAGAUGAACCGACCGAGGCGGAGAAGGAAAACCCGAGCUGUUUUGACGAAUUCGACGACGCCGCUUUGUUCGAACACUUCCACCUCACGCGGCCCUGCAUCUCUUUCAUCGUGGACGCCGUUCGUUUCCGCAUGAAAACGGUGUCCUAUAGGAGGGCCUCGCCUCCGGUGGACGUCUUCGUCAUGGUGGCUCUGAACUUCUUCGCGCACGGCGCGUUCACCCCGGCCGUGGUGCAGAAGAUCGGCUCGUGCCUGCACUCUAGCCUCCCCAGCGCCGCCAACUCCGCGUCGGGGGUCAUCGCGGGGAUGUCGGACGUGUUCAUCUCGUUCCCUUUCACGCAGGACGCCAGGGACCAAAACGCAGCCGUCAUGGAAGAGUUCUGCAAAAUCCCUAACGUCCUGGGAGUCCUGGCUCCUGUUCAGUUUAAGAUCAGAGCUUCUCCGUACGAGAAGGAGUCGUUUAAGUCCUUCAUCAACGCGCAGGGAUUCACGUCGGUGAUGAGCCAGUUUAUAUGCGACUCCACGGGCAACAUCCUGAGUGUGGAGAAAUGCUGCGUGGGGAGCACGGCGGAGCAGGAGCUCUGGGAGUACUCGUUCAAGGGCAGGGAGGUGGAGGAGGAUCUGCACGGAAAAUACUGGCUAAUCGCUGGCCCAGGUUACCACUUAGGGAACCAUGUUUUGACUGCUGUGGCCAAACCCGAAACCAUCGAGGACGUCCUGUUCAACGAGGCCCACGCCAAGAUGCUCAACGUCAUGCAAGAAACCGUGGACCUGCUGAAACGGCGGUUCUUGUGCCUGAUGCAACUCGGCUUCACGGAAGAGGGCUCUCUGAACAAAAAGUUGAACAUCAUCAAGGCGUGCAGCGUGCUGCACAACAUCGCGUUGAAGUUCUCCGUCCCUCCUCCGACUAGAGCAAGAAAAACGGAGCCUCUCUACUCAGGAAAGCAUUUGGCGGCGGAAACCAACAUUGAUGCCCUGAUGGCCCGAAAGGAACUGAUCAAGAAGACCUUUUCUAAACCCAAAAAUCAAGACUAACCCGAAAGCAGCAACCUAACAGAGGAUUCAUGAGUAAAUGAGUUCACAAAAAGAACUACGGUGGCUCUUGAAGGACAAUUCGGUUUAAGAUUUACAGUUUCUUCAUUAAAUAUGUAAACUUGAUAUUUUGUAAACACAAAAUAUUGAAUGUACUGUACAAUAUAUUAUAUUUUAUUGGUAUUUUAUAAUAAUUAAACAUUUCCUUUCA